GGUUCAUCAAAUUUAUCGGCAUAUGUUCCUGCGUGCGCAUACUCCGCCACUAAUCAGUACGGCGUUUACGGUGGACACGCCGGUAACUACGGACACUGGCAGUCUCAGGGCGCGAGCCUCACCCAUCCAAACACCGGGACCAUGAUACAGAGCCCUAACCUGCACACCGCCAUAUCAUUCAAAAACCCGCCCAGAGAAGCAGAAAGAAGGUGUCCUCUGAGCAAACAGCAGCACGAGGGUCUGAGCGCCGUUCAUGGACUCUCAGACUCAUAAGAACACAAAGACCACCAGAGAAAAAUAACUUUCACAUGUUCAUCCUUCAUGUGGAGCUUCUAGGAGUCACUCAGCUGUAAGUUCUGGAUAAAACACACCUGAAUGUUUCACACCAUUAUGGAAAAGUGGGAUCUGAAGCUGUGGAAAUACCACAGAGGAUUUCUGCAAUAUUUGCAGUAGAUUUUUUUUCUUGUUCUUUGGUGCAAAUAAAUUUAGCGUCAGGCUGUUGUUAUAAAUGGGCUGCAAUUUGUUGGAAUAUUUUCUUGUUAGCAAAACAACAUUGUUAGAGGGGAUAUGAAAUGAAACUGUCCAUGUUAUUGCAUUUUCUUGUCUGUAUGAUAA